UCCUUUUGGGAAAUAUUUAUUUUGCCUAAAAUGUCUAAAUUUUAAAUAUUUUCAAAUUCUCUAUUCUUCAAAUAAAUGCCAUGUACACUUUCCUUUCUAGGUUAGAAAAACAUGUCUACGUAACCCUUAAGCAUGAAACUCGGAUUUGUGAUUGUGUUAUUUGAAUAUCUUAAAUAUAUUGCAAAUACAUACUUUGAUGGCAUAGAAAUGAGUAAAAUACAAACUAUCCAUUUUUUGAAUAUUGUGAAUACUAUACAUACUUAAUAAUAUGUGCUAAAAACAUGUGCUGCUGAAAAACAUAACCUAACCACAAUCAGACCUGUCUACCCCUUAGAGUUCAGCCGGUUAGGUCAAAUAAAAUGCGUUGGGCUCCCUCAGUAUCAGAACUUGUGUGGGGAACUCUUUACUUUUGGCCUAACCAAAACCAGACUUGCCUUGCCCUUAGUGUUCAGCCGGUUAGGUCAAUUAGAAUGCGUUGGGCUCCCUCAGUAUCAGAACUUGUGUGGGGAACUCUUCCUUUUGGCCUAACCAAAACUAGCAUGCCUUGCCCUUAAAGUUCAGUCGGUUAGGUCAAGUAGAAUGCGUUGGGCUCCCUCAGUAUCAGAACUUGUGUGGGGAACUCUUCACUUUUGGCCUAACCACAACUAGACCUGCCUUGCCCUUAGAGUUCAGCCGGUUAGGUCAAGUAGAAUGCGUUGGGCUCCCUCAGUAUCAGAACUUGUGUGGGGAACUCUUCACUUUUGGCCUAACCAAAACCAGACCUGCCUUGCCCUUAGAGUUCAGCCGGUUAGGUCAAGUAGAAUGCGUUGGGCUCCCUCAGUAUCAGAACUUGUGUGGGGAACUCUUCACUUUUGGCCUAACCAUAACCGGACCUGUCUUGUCUAUGAGUUCAGCCGAUUAGGUCAAGUAGAAUGCGUUGGGCUCCCUCAGUAUCAGAACUUGUGUGGGGAACUCUUCACUUUUGGCCUAACCAUAACCAGACCAUCCUUGCCGUUAGAGUUCGGCCGGUUAGGUCAAUUAGAAUGCGUUGGGCUCCCUCAGUAUCAGAACUUGUGUGGGGAACUCUUCACUUUUGGCCUAACCAUAACCAGACCAUCCUUGCCCUUAGAGUUCGGCCGGUUAGGUCAAUUAGAAUGCGUUGGGCUCCCUCAGUAUCAGAACUUGUGUGGGGAACUCUUCACUUUUGGCCUAACCAUAACCAGACCAUCCUUGCCCUUAGAGUUCAGCCGGUUAGGUCAAGUAGAAUGCGUUGGGCUCCCUCAGUAUCAGAACUUGUGUGGGGAACUCUUCACUCUUGGCCUAACCACAACCAGACCUGCCUUGCCUUUAGAGUUCAGCCGGUUAGGUCAAGUAGAAUGCGUUGGGCUCCCUCAGUAUCAGAACUUGUGUGGGGAACUCUUCACUUUUGGCCUAACCAUAACCAGACCAUCCUUGCCCUUAGAGUUCAGCCGGUUAGGUCAAGUAGAAUGCGUUGGGCUCCCUCAGUAUCAGAACUUGUGUGGGGAACUCUUCACUCUUGGCCUAACCACAACCAGACCUGCCUUGCCUUUAGAGUUCAGCCGGUUAGGUCAAGUAGAAUGCGUUGGGCUCUCUCAGUAUCAGAACUUGUGUGGGGAACUCUUCACUUUUGGCAUAACCAAAACCAUACCUGCCUUGCCCUUAGAGUUCAGUCGGUUAGGUCGAGUGGAAUGCAUGCAAUUCAUGGGGAAUGUUCUUAAAAAAAUUUAAGUUUGCUUAAUUUGAGAUUGAUAUGGUAAUAACUGUUGUUUUUACCAGAAAAUUUUGAUGAAAUUGCAUUUCUUGCCUUCUUUAUAGGUUUUUGUUGCUUGUUUUCAUGUCAUUGUUGAAAAUCUUGAGGUUGUUUUCAUGCCAUGCUUGGUUUAUCACAAGAACUUGUUGAGUGUUUUUUGGUUGAUUUUCAACUAUUUUUCCUUUUGGAUCUAAAACCCAAAUGUCCAUACCCAAAAUGAAAUCUUCUUGUAUAAGAGAUUCUCCACGUAAUUUUCCAUUUACCACACAAGUGCUUUAUCUUGAAAUUCAAAGGACUCAACUUGAGUUAC